AUGCCGCACCCUCUGCGCGACCCCCAGGGCAGCGAUGCCAGGCGUCAAGUCAAGCAGGGCGAGCCCUUCGACCCAGAAGAACUGAGUCGCCGACUCGCACGCCUCCUCGCGGAACAGAAGUCGACGGCUGAGCUUCGACGUGAUGCGAGGGCCGCCAAGGCUGCUGAGGUCGCUGCCGCUCAGCAGAAUGCUGGGUACCACCACGUCCCAAAGGUUGCAGCAGCGGCGUUCGCGCGGACCGCCACCCCUGACGUGACGCGUCAAAUUCAUGAGUUGUCGCGUCCAGCUCUGAAGCAGCACUUGGAGGGUCUCCGCCUCAAGGAAUCACACCCUCAGGUUACAAGCCUUCAAAGGGCCCAGGCUAUGGACCAAGCAAUGCUAGAGAGAGAGAUGUUAAGUAAUAGAAAUCAGUUCCAGUGGACUCGCGCUAUGGAAGGGGCUGCAGAGGUAGACAUCGAACGACGUGUGUAUAAACCAGCUCGGAGGAGUUUCAUUCCGGAAUUUGCGCACUUGAUGGAUCGGUCCGAACGGAGUAUCCAACGUCCAUUGAGUACAGGGGACUUCUUAGAGGAAGAUGAGCCCCAGGCACUUAAGAGGGCCAGAUCAAGGCGAGCCCCGGCGUUUGAUGGGCGCAAUGACUGGGCACAGGAGGAAGAUGGAAGGGAUGGAAGACCGACCAUAGAAGAGCCAGCGAGCCCAGCCCUAAAAAAACGCGACUCGAUCUGGAUAUUGAAAGGGAGGAGGGAGAAGCCAGGGAGGCCGGAUAAGGAUGAAGCAGUAGUGGGCAUUGGAGACUUUACUUCACCAGAUGGUAGUAAAAGUAGGAGAGCUAGCUUCCUUGCCCGCUUUAGGCGUCGUCCUAGUUAA